AUAAAAGUGACAAAUGACAUCAUUAUUUUGAAAAAUAAAUUCGUUACAAAACGGAUUUACGGAUUAUAUCCAAAGAAAUGUAAACAGAGGCAAAAACUUGGAUAAAUUUGAUUGAAAACAGUGCAUUUAUUUUUAAGUUGUAUUUAAAAUGUCUACCAGGUCUGGGAAACGGAUUCAUGGCUCUAUACACGAAAAUAUCACAAAUUCUGACAGUGAUAUGCCCGUGAAGAGUGAAAGAAAAACCAGAAGUCGUCGUUUAAAAGAAAAUUAUUGUGAUGAAGUCAUAGUGCCGAAAAGUAAGAAGCGUCACAACUAUGUUAGCUACCCAACAGACGACGAACAAAGUGACACCACACAAAAACAAACCAACGGAGAAGUUCCCAAAACGUCUAAAACGACGUUAAAGGAACAAGAUCUCAAUGUUUCUAUUAAAACUGUAGAUGAAAUAGAUUCUGGGAAAGUAGUGCGGCAAACUAGGAGAACUAAAAAGUUAUCUGAAAAUGUUCCGGAAGAUAUUCCUGUUGUUGAAAUUAUUAAUGUCAAAACUAAGAAGAAGAACAAGAAAAAUAAGAAGAAGAAAGGUGUGACAGAUGUUCAAGGUAAUGAAAAUGAAGAACUUGUUGAGGUACCAAAAAAGUCUAAAAGAAAGAAAGGCAAGACGUCUAACACUAUAGUGGAGGUUCCUUUGGAAGUGGUCCCAACAGGAAAUUUGAAUAAAAGCAAUGAUUCAGUAGAAUCUUUCCACAGUGCUGCAGGCAGCCCUAUCAAAAUUUUGAAUACAGAAGUUGAAAAACUGAAUGGAUCUUGCAAUAAAUCUCCUCGUCGAGCAUCAAAGAGAUUUAAAGCAGACAGUCUUGAAGACGAUGAAAAUGGUGAAGCAGCGACACUCAAUAGAACUUUUGAAAAAAAUCCCAAGAAAAUGAAGCUUUCCAAUUGCAAUAAUGAUUCACUAACUAAUGGCUUACUGUCCGGUGAUGAAAGUAAUAAAGAAAAAGAUGCAACAUUUAACAAGUCCUAUGAAGUUGCAGAAAUAUUGAAUUCAACAUUUGAAAAAAAAUCUAAAAAGAAAAGGAAAUCAAGCAUUAAAAAUUCCACAUUUGAUAAACAAGAAGUAUCUCUACAUGAGUUGAUAUCUGAGAUAGUCAACUCUCCUAUAAAAGAUGCAAUAUCUAGUGAUGGAGAAAGUAAAGGUAGAAGGAAAUCAUUAAAGUCAACCUAUGAUAAAACAGAGUCUCUGAAGAGAGUGGAAGUACUUAAUUCUACAUAUGAAAAGUGCGACACAUCUAAUCAAAGUAAUAAAACUUUUGAAGGCGACAAAAGCAACCGGAAAUCUCUAAGAUCGACAUUUGACAAAACUAACACUCCUACUAAGAAUGCCACAAAAUUAAACUCUACUUUUGAUAAAGGGAAUACACCCAACACACUUGAAAAAACUGGAGACAUCAAAGAACGCAGAAAAUCUUUACGAUCAACCUUUGAUAAAGACACUCCAUCUAAAAACGCAAAAACAUACUCCACUUUUGAAAAGACUAACACUCCAAACAAACCAAACAAGGCCUUUGAAGGAGGUAGAAGGAUGUCGCUGAGAUUAAGCAUGAGUGCAGACAAACAAUCAGAGAAAGAAUCUCUUAAUGUAACAUUUGAAAAUCCCAAAGAAACUUCAUCAAACAGUACUUUAAAUAAGUCUGGAAACCACAAAUUAAAUUCAACGUUUGACAAAUCUAAAGAUUCUCAACGGUCAGCUAUAAACACAACUUUUGAUAAGUCCAAAGAAUCAGUACAAUCCAAACAUAAUUCAACAUUUGACAAAGAAACUAAACUUGACUCCACAUUUGAUAAGCUCCAAAACCAAUCAGAUUCCAAUGCCAAAUCUUCAUUGAUCAGCUCUGACAGCGCUUCAAAUUUAACGUUUGACAAGUCUGAUGAAAUCUCACGUAUCAGCAUCACCAGCGACGAUUCGCGGACUGAAAACAUUGUGAAUACUACUCCGCUGUUGAUCGAGAGUAGUAUGGAAGAGUCGCAAGUUCUAGAGCCGUCACCAAGAAAUAUGUCGCAAAGUUCUGAUGAAACUAAACUGAAAACUGCUACGCCGUUAAAACGCGAAGGGACAUUUACGAAAGAUAGUCCAGUAGCAAUGUCUCCCAAAGAGAAAGGUUUCAACAAGACUCCUGUGAAGCGUAUGUCUCUCCCAUCACCGGGCAGCACCCCGUUUCCUUUCUCCAAGAGCUCGCAGAAGGAGCGGAGCAUGUUGAACGUGACUCGGUCCAUCGAGAAGGCGGAGCGGGGCUCCCCGCGGGCGGCGGCGGGCCCGAGGGCCACGCGCGUGAUGUUCUGCAGUCCUGUCAACAAUCCUGUUGCGGUGAUGCAGCAGAAACGGAAAGUGAUCAAGUCCAACCUGAAAGGAUCUAACAAGAGCUUCAUAUUUGAUGAAAGUGUUUCCGAGAGCGCUCGUCCAGCGGCCCGCAAGCGCUCGUACACGCAAAGCGACGCGGACGAAGCGCACGGGAAGCGCAAGCGCCUCGACUCGCAGCAGCAGGCCGCCGCGCGCCUGUCGCGGCCUCGAAGCUCCAGCGCCACAGUAAAACUACCAGAACCCUCAACACCGUCCAAGAAGCCGGUAACGCCACUAAAGAAAAUCUGCACACCUUCAAACGCCAAGUCCGAUGCCAAGGUGUCCCGCACCAAGCUGCCCAACUUUGCGGCGCUUCACCGAGCGCAGUUCGCUAAGAUGGAGUCGCUCGACGAGUGCCAAGUGCGCAAGGCCAAGCGCGCCAAGCAGCUGCUCACUCCUACUGGCUUGGCCAUCGUCGAAAAGAGCAGCCCUAAAGGCAGAGGAACAACAUCGACUCAACCGACAAAGGUGGUGACAGAAGCGUUUAAUAAAUCUGUUGAGGUUUUGAAGAAACCUGACGCGGAGAUUUCGAAGAAAGCUGAAGUUGUGUUACCAAAGAAAACUGUUGCCGAGGUUCCCAAAAAGACGGACACUCCAUCGAAAGCUCCCAAAGCCUUCACCCUGGAUUCCCUCAGGCCUGGCUACACCAGAUUCGGCUUCAAGAUGAACCUGGACGUCAACCCCUUCAGCAUACCGCCAAGACCUGAUGCUAAGCCAAAGGAAACUAAACCUAAUGGCCUUGUAAUAAGGCAGCCCAGUCAACCAUCGCUGGCGGGAGCCACAUCGAGCAGAAGGGAAAUGGCCAAACAGAUAGUAAUGAGAGAGAGAUCGUUUACGUCGUCUCUCUCAGACAAGAGGAAUGAGAAAAGGACAAUGAUAAAAGGUGUGCGCACAAACAGGAGGUUUGACUUGCAGAUGAAGUUGAGGAAUAUUAACUCGUGAAUGUGUGAGUAUGUUUUAUCGUGUAAAUGAAGUGAGAAUGUGAACUUUUAUCUUUAUAACGGCUGGCGUGUGCCAGCUUUGAUUUUACUAAUCCUGUAAAGUACAAUUAUGACAAUUAUUAACACUCGUAAAGU